UUCUCUUUGUCUCCCCCCCCCCCCCCAAUUUUCACAUAAUACCAUAACCAAACCAAACCAAACAGAUCAAAGAACAAGGAGAAACUGAAGCCAAAGCUAUACAAAUAGGAUCUAAAGAUAGAUCAAAGAAAAGGGUCGAAGCAAGUUGUUUUGUUUCAAUGGAAGUUGGUCGAAAAAUGGCUAACAUGCUUGGAACUGACCAUGAUUUGAACUUCAAAGAGACCGAACUGUGUCUUGGUUUGCCCGGUGGAAUCGCUGUUGUUGCUGCAGGUAAUGAAACGGAAAGUUCUUCUUCCCCAAAGACUAAUGGCAAGAGAGGCUUCUCUGAGACUGUUGAUUUGAAGCUUAAUCUUCAAUCCAAAGAAUCUACCAUGGAUCUAAACAAGAACCUUGAUGACAAUGGUUCUAAGGAAAAAUCAGGUUCUGCCAAAGAUCCUGCAAAACCUCCUGCCAAGGCACAAGUGGUGGGUUGGCCACCAGUUCGAUCAUAUAGGAAGAACAUAAUGGCUAACCAGAAGAACAGCAGUGAAGAAAGUGGGAAUAGUGGUGCAGCUUUGGUGAAAGUGAGUAUGGAUGGUGCACCAUAUCUGAGAAAAGUUGAUUUGAAGAUGUAUAAGAGUUACCAAGAGUUAUCCGAUGCCUUGGCUAAGAUGUUUAGCUCUUUCACUAUGGGUAAUUAUGGACCUCAAGGAAUGAUAGAUUUCAUGAACGAAAGCAAGUUGAUGGAUCUUCUUAACAGUUCUGAUUAUGUGCCAAGUUAUGAAGAUAAAGAUGGAGAUUGGAUGCUAGUUGGUGAUGUCCCAUGGCAGAUGUUUGUUGACUCAUGCAAACGCUUACGCAUAAUGAAAGGAUCAGAAGCAAUUGGUCUCGCACCAAGAGCAAUGGAGAAAUGCAAGAGCAGAGCCUAAAAACAAGAUCCUGGAAUUGAGCAAAAGGCUAGGAGGGAGCCUUCUUAUUGGGAUGUGUUUUAUGUUUUUUUAAUGUUUAUAUAUAUAUAUAUAUAUAUUUGGUAUAUAUAGAUAUGCAAAAAGAAGAAUCAUGGGGACAUCUUUGUAAUGUACAAGAAGCAAUAAACUUAACCUUAUAUAUUGCUGGCUUGUUUUGUUGCUGAUGAUGGGGGCUUUGUUUUUAAUAAUUUCACCAUGUGUUUUUUUUUCUUUUUUUUUGCUAUUGUCUUUGUUGUCAUAGCUUAUUGUUUAUGUGUGUGUGUGUGUUUUUAUAAUUAUUAUUCCUUUUUCUUCUA